CAGUCAUCUGCCUCUUUCCCACCCCUUCUUUUCUCUACUCUACUUUUAAUGGAUCCAUAUUUUCACAAGUCAGGCUGCAGCUACUGAUCUGUGAAAACUGGAAUGUACCAAAACCACACCAAAGACACCAACAACAACUGCAAUAAAAGCCUUCUCUGUGAUUACAAGCAAAGGCUUGUCCAAGCUAUUAAAAGAAUCAAGCAUGAGGUAGAUGAGUGCAGAGAAGCAGAGAGAGAGACAUACUCAGAGUCAGUGGAAGUAGAGAACAGGUUUGAUGACCUUGAACGAGAAAUCACAGCCGAGUUUCAGAACCUCCAUCGUUUCCUGGAUGAGGAGGAGUGUAAGGACCUGGAGAGACUGAGGAGGGAGAGACAGAAACAACUGAAGCAGCUGAAGCAGAGAGAGAAGAAAAUUGCAGAGCAAGGGAAAGACCUGGAGAGAGCAAUCACAGUGCUCAACAGCAAACUGGCUGAGGAGGACAGUCCUAAGCUGCUCAAAGAAAUUCAAGAUCUUGUAAAAAGGCAGGUUUCCUCAAACAGGUCUCAGGUCAGCUUUGUGCUUCCAGCAGAGGUGGACACCGAGGUGCGCUCUGGCCAGUUUGUGGGGCCCAUCCAGUACAGGAUAUGGAAGCACAUGAAAAGCUGCCUCUACCCAAAUAUUACAUCAAUGACCUUUGAUCCUGAGACGGCCCACCCUAAUCUGUCCCUGUCCCAGUGUUGCACCUCAGUAUGGUUUGAAGAGGAUAAAGACACAAAGGACUGUCAGGCCAACCCACGACGGUUCCACUACUAUUACUGUGUAAUGGGUAAUCAGGGCUUCAUCACAGGGCGACACUACUGGGAGGUGGAGGUGGGUCAUAAAACUGCAUGGAGGUUGGGUGUAGCACGAGAAGAUGUCCCAAAAGGGGAGAUGGCUGCUACAGGCACUUCCAGCGGCCUCUGGACCCUGGCCCUGAAGGGUGGAUCCAUCCUGGCCUGCACAGACCCAAAACCCACCAAAGUCAACGUGUCUGUCCAUCUUGUCCGCAUUGGCGUGUUCUUAGACUGUGAAAAGGAGGAGGUGUCUUUCUAUAAUGCUGUUACCAUGGCACCAAUCUACACCUUCACCAUGGGAACAGUCAUGGCUCCUCUGUUCCCCUUCUAUAACCCAUGUGACACAGACGAUGGAAAGAACACAGCGCCACUUAAGAUGUUUAACCCUUCACUAUAAUAAGGACCUAUUAUUACCAGCAUGAACACUGAUGGUCCAGUACAAUUAGUUAAUUUCACAUUAGCAUUAUUAUUACAUUAUAGAGCUGAUUUAGAGCUGAAUGACUGGUUAAUUUAUCAUCUUGACGGUCAAAAGAAAAUUAAUGGGCAACUAUUUUGAUUAUCAGUUUGAGUUUGAGUAAUGUUUCAACAAAAAGUACAAAACAUGAAAAACACAAACAUUGAUUUUCUGUGUAUUUUUCAUACACAUAUUCUCAUUUUACUGUUAUUACUUGAAUACUUUUUAAAGUCAGCACAGUAUAUGUGGUGGAAUGGGAAUGCACUUGUAUUUGUAAAACAGUUUAAGAAAACAAACCAUGGGGAAGGUAAUUUGUAGCCUGCCUGGAGGUUCAGGGUGUAUAGCAGGUGUCAACAGCAACAUGAUAUGACCUUUGGCCUGUUUAUAAAUAUCUCUGUUGUGCCUGCUCUGCUAUGACAUGUCCUGGCGAGGUUAUGGAAUUAGUGGGACCUGGGGUGAGAAAGUGGCGCGUGACACUCAGAACAAAUGAUGGCUGACAUUGAGUGAGAUAAGUGACCGAGAUGGAGUGGACUGCUCUGAGAUUAAACUGUCCUUCUGCAAGGCUGUUGCUCAGAGAGUAGGAAGACAAAGACAACAGCACAGCAAAUGUCAUAAUCUUUUGUUUAUUCUUAGUAUUCCUUUAGACAUGAAAUAAAGAAAAACUGUUUUCUUUACAAAACAUCUGUGUGAAGUGUUGUGCAAAAAGGGAGUACAGAGAGAACGUGAGGAACGUUACACCAAACCCAGGCCAGAACAGCAGAUGUAAACGGAGAGGUUCAGGGCAGAGACAACUCACAUAGUGCAAGAAGUGCCAGUGUAUUAACGGUAGUGGUUUCUAUUUAG